GGAGGCAGAGCGCUGCGCUCGCCCGCACCCUGGCCGCCUGCGCGGCGGAGCCCGGAUCUGCGACUGGACGCGACGGGCCGCCGCCGGCCAGCACCGCCCGGCCGCCAAGAUGUGCGACUGCUUCCACAUGAUGCUGCCCACCUGGCCCGAAGCCCCCGGCAGCGCGUCUGGCCAGCAGUUGCAGCCUGAAGAGCCAGAUGCAGAGACCGUGGAGGACCAGUCAGUGACGGAAGGGUCUGUGGAUGAGAUCAUUCGGCCCCGGCCACAGGGGUCCUCGCCCGUCUACGAGUACGUGACUGAGGGCGCCAGCUUCGGACUCCCGGAAGACACGCCAAGGAGGCGGAGGUCCUGGUGGAAGCGGGAUUCGGGGGACUCGCAGACGCUUUCCAGGAUGAGCCGUCUGGAGUCCACGCAGGAGGCGACGGAAGGGACACUGAAGACCAAGGUGGAGGCCGGAGCCAGUGGCUACAUUGUCACGGGCGGCGGGGACCAGGGGAUCUUUGUUAAGCAAGUGCUGAAGGAGUCCUCAGCUGCCAAGCUCUUCAGCCUGAGAGAAGGGGAUCAGCUGCUCAGCACAACCAUAUUCUUUGACGACAUUAAAUACGAAGAUGCUCUCAAAAUCCUUCAGUACUCAGAGCCUUACAAGGUUCAGUUCACAAUCAGGCGGCAACUUCCCGCCCGGGAGGACGAUGAGGGAGCUUCCGGCGGUGCUCAGCGUGGCUCGAGGGGCAGCAAGAAGCAGGACCAGGAUAUCGCCGAAGGGCGCAUGGAGACCCCCACGGAGACGCUGCAGGAGGAUGGAGACCAGGAGAGGCUCAUCUCCAAGCCCAGGGAGGGCAGAGGCAGGCAGCCCCAGAGGGAGCGGCUCUCCUGGCCCAAAUUCCAAGCGCUGAAGAGCAAGCGUGGGCCAGGGCCCCGGAGGUCGCACAGCUCCUCGGAGGCCUGCGAGCGAGGGGACGUGCCUGACCUGUCCCCCACAAGCACAGACACGGAGGCCCAGCUCCCGGAAGCAGGGCCAGGCAGGCAGCAGAAGAGAAGUUUCUCGAACCUGAGAUUCCGGGUGGGCUCAGGGAAGGGGCUGUCGGGCAGGGGAGCCCACGGGGGGACAGUCCAGGCUGGGGUCCUGGUGGAGACAGGGCCCCGGGAUUCCGGGCGAGAGGCCUCCAGGGCUGCCGCCCAUGGCGGGAGAGAAGACAGGACGGCAGGGGUGCCAGAGGCCGCUGAGCCCCCCACGGAGCCCGGCCUCCCCACUGAGGGAGCCCCCGGGGAAGGGGCGGGCCCAGCACCCAGACCCCGAAGAAAGACAAAAGAGGCCAAGGACAAGGGGGAGACUGUGCCCCAGGGAAAAGCCGGGCUGGGCCCAGCGCCAAGACAGAGCAGGGAGGGGGCCGGGGAAGGCACGCAGGCGCUGGAGGUCGGCAUUGCCAGGCUGUCUCUGCAAGACUCAGCAGACCAAGGCAUCCACCAAAACCACCAACCAGAAUUCCACGUCCGCAUACCCACUUUAAAGACACCCAGGUUUGGACUUUACAAAGAAAAAGUGCUUGAGAAAGGAGCCGUGACAGCUCUCCAGCGGGGACCACGACAGAGAAGGGCCUCUGCUGAGGGCACGGAGGCCAACGGGGAGGAGGCAGGGGAAGCAGAAAAGCACAGGCCCAGACAACCCGCAGUCCAUCCGCCAGCGCAAGAGGGAGGAGAAAUGGAGGAAGAUGCAGCCCAGAAGAGAGACGAGGACAGAAAGGGCGGGGGCCCGCACACGGACGAAAAGGAGGGGAAGAUGAAAAUGCUAAGGGUCAAGCUGCCCUCCUUUGGGUGGUCGCCAACGAAGGAGGCAAAAGCAGACAAAGCGACACAACUCCAGGAAACAGAGAAGGAAAAGGAAAGCAGCAUCACAGUACUAACGUUAGAGACAGACAUAAAAGGCAAAGAUGGACUAGAGAGACACAGCAAGUUCAAAAUGCCCAAGUUCAAGAUGCCGUCCUUUGGGGUGUCGGUACCCAGAAAGUCCGUCGAGGCCACCGUGGAGGUGUCCGUGCCCAAGGCCCAGUCCGAAGUGACCCUGCCCCCACUGCAGGCUGAUGUCAAGACCACUGACGUUAGCAUCGAGCUGCCCUCCGCCGAGCUGGAGGUCAAGGCAGCCGAGGUGGGCCUGAAGCUCCCGGAGGGCCACCUUCCCGAAGCGGAGCCCACGGAAGCGGCAGCUGAAAUUGGACUAAAGGGCCACCUGUCCAAGGUGCAGAUGCCCAGCAUCAAGGUGCCCAAGGUGGACAUCAAGGGGCCCAAACUGGACCUGAAGGACGCCAAGGGCGAGGUGACGACCCCCGACGUGGAGGUGUCUCUGCCCAGCGUGGAGGUGGACACCCAGGCCGCGGGCACCAAGCUGGAGGGCGACGUGUCCCUUGGGGACAAGGAGGUGGCUGCCAGAGACAGCAAGUUCAAAAUGCCCAAGUUCAAGAUGCCAUCCUUCGGGGUGUCAGCGCCCAGCAAGUCCGUCCAGGCCGCCAUGGAGGUGUCCGUGCCCAAGGCCCAGGCCGAAGUGACCCUGCCCUCGGUGCAGGCCGACGUCAAGACCAGUGACCUCAGCAUCGAGCUGCCCUCCACCGAGCUGGAUGUCAAGGCUGUCGAGGUGCGUGUGAAGCUCCCGGAGGGCCACCUUCCCGAAGUGGAGCCCAAGGAAGCAGUGGUGGGAAUCGGGCUUAAGGACCACCUGCCCAAGUUGCCUGGACCCAGCAUCAGUGUGCCCCAGGUGGACCUCAAGGCCCCCCAGGUGGAUAUCAAGGGGCCCAAACUGUACUGGCAGGACGCCAAGGGCGAGGUGACUACCCCCAACGUGGAGGUGUCACUGCUCAGCAUGAAGGUGGAUACCCAGGCUGCGGGAACCAAGCUGGAGAGUGACGUGUCACUUGGGGACAAGGAAUUGGCUGCUAGAGACAGCAAGUUCAAAAUGCCCAAGUUCAAGAUGCCAUCCUUCGGGGUGUCGGCUCCCAGGAAGUCCGUCGAAGCCGCCUUGGAAGAGUCCGUACCCAAGGUCCAGGCCCAGGUGACCCUGCCCUCAGUGCAGGCCGACGUGAAGACCAGUGCCCUCAGCAUCGAGCUGCCCUCCGCCGAGCUGGAGGUCAAGGACGCCAAGAUGAGCGUGAAGCUCCCAGAGGGCCACCUUCUCAGAGCAGAGCCCAGGGAAGUGGCGCUGGGAAUUGCGCUCAAAGGUCACCUGCCCAAAUUGCAGAAGCCCAGCAUCAAGGUGCCCAAGGUGGACAUAAAGGGGCCCAAACUGGACCUGAAGGACGCCAAGGGUGAGGUACUUGCAAAAUACCAGGUGACUCUCCCUGGAGCCGCUGUCUCCCCGGAGCUCCCUCUGGAAGCGGCCCCUUGUUCCCAGAACGAUGCCUAUCUUCCCAGCUCAGAAAGUUCUGCCAGUCUUCCAACCCAGGAGAGAGUUGCAGCAUCCCAGACUGACAGUCCCGCAGGCCCUGUGGACCCCAUGUUUCUUGUGUCAUAUGGUCGGGUGAGUUUUCCUAAGUUUCAUCCACCAAAGUUCGGGUUUUCUGUCCCAGAAGCAGCCGAUGCAGAGGUGGAGGCCAGUGCCGGGGAUUGUGCCCCCUCUCUAUCCACUACUGGCCCUGCCCUGGGCCUGGACUCCACAGCUGUGCCGCGCAGUGUGUGGCCGUCGGCAGUGGCUGCAGGUGAGACCCCAGCUAAAGAUACUGAACGUGGAGGGAAAGAUAGUCCCUUAAAAAUGCCGUGGAUCAAGCUUCCGUCAUUCAGCUGGUCCCCAAAGAACGGGGCGGUGCCCCCAGAGGACCCUGAACGCAGCCUGGAUGACGCAGAGAUCGGCGUGGCUGUGGACACGGGUCACAAGGGCGUGCCCCCUGGGUGUCCUGUGUCUGCAGUGGAGGUGGCUGUGGACGCGCUUCCGGAGAAGGACGGAGAGGAGAGUGGCGUGGGGUCGCCUGGCUGCGCUGUGCUGGAACACGUACCUCUCACAGGGCUCACUCCAGAGGGAGGGCCCGGCCUGCCACGCGGAGACCCCGCUGCUCCACGCUCUAGGCCCCCGGCGGGGGGUGGUGCUCCAGAAGGAGCGGACGUGGACCCCCAUCUGCCACAGGCCCACGCUCCCCUUUUGGACUUUGCCAGACCCGACCUCAGACCCAGCAAGGCCAAGGUGGGGGUGAGAUCGUCAGCUGGUGGCCCUCCGUCUCUGGGACACAGCAGCCAAGGGCACGGGCUCCGGGACGGCUCAGCAAGCCAGCCUCUCGGCGAGGCGACGGCCCCCUCAGUAGGAGACCCCCAGCAGCUGUCCUGCAGCCCAGCAGAUGUGGACGCUCCCGCGGUGGAGAGCGCGGCCUCACAGGGGGGCUGGUUCAGGAUGCCCGCGCUCCGCCUGCCCAGCCUCCGGCGCCCCGCCAAGGAGAGGGGGGCGGCUGGGGCUCGGGAGGCGCCAGUGCCCGUGCCUGCUGCCAGCGCACUGAGGGAAGGAGAAAGCCCAGCUCCAGUCACGGGCCAGGGUGUUCCUGGGUCAGAGGUGGAAGAAGCUAUGUCCCUGCAGCCCCGAGAGGUAGGGGCAGACGAGGCAGCAGCGGAGCUCGCGUCCCACGCAGACACAGACGUCCUAAAGAGAAGUCCUGAGGACAAACGCUCAGAGCCGCACCUCUCUCCUGCAGGGGCGCCCGCUGCAGGCCUUUCCCCUUCCGAGGCCAGGGUCCAUCCAGGCGAAGACUCCCUCCCUCUUCAGAUGCCUAGCAGCAGGCUUUCAGGAACCCAGGCCCCUCCUGCUGGGCCUGCAGGACCGGGACUUGCUGCGGGGCAGGGGCGGGCAGAGGAAUGGCCCUCCCAGCCUGAAGGCCCCAUUAAACUGAAGGCGUCCAGGACCGAUGGGCCGUCCCAGGUUUCUGUCGUUAGCAUGGGUCAGCCCUGGGAAGGCUCUGUGGUAACCGUCAGACUGCCCAGGUUAAGCGUGCCAAGGUUCGCCUUUCCUGACCCCAGCUCCGAGGCCGACGUCUUUAUCCCCGCCGUGACAGAAGUGCGGUGCCCGGGGAGCAGCCUUGCCCAUGACCUGCACGAGGGAAGCCCGGGAGUCUGGGGCGCCAGCAUCCUGAGGGCAGGUGCCGGGACCCCCGGGGGGCAGCCUGUGGCCCUUGGCUUCUCCCCGGAAGCUUCCCCCAUUUCCGAGGUCAGAGUGCACAUUCAACGUGCGCAGGGAGAGGGCCCCGAGGUUGCCGUCCACAGCAGGGCGACGGCAGAGUUGGCUGACCUCUCGGGACCCGAAGCUAUUUCCACCCAGGUCGUGCGGCAAUUGGAGAUCCCCGCAUCUGAGAUCCAAACGGCUUCUUACGGAUUCUCAUUGCUAAAGGUGAAGAUGCCGGAGCCCCGCACGCGGGUGAGUGUCCGAGACUCCCGGCUGAGGGACGACCUGCAGGAGGCUUCCAAACAAGCCGCCCUGGGAGCAGAGCCCGCCUCUGGAGGUCUGCAGCCGGACACCGGAGGACCGUUUGAAGCGAUCUCGCCCAGUGUCAAUGUGCCUAGACAGCCAAUGUUCACGCCCAAAAUGCACUCUGGCCACCAGGGUGCCGACAGCUGCUCCGACAAGGACGAGGCUGCAGAAGUUCUCGCAUUUCCCCCUAAAGAAGCCAGCGGGGAGGCAGCUACCUCCCUGGCAGAGGAAGACUCGGCUCCAAGAGAGAAACCAGGAGGUAGAAGAUCUGGUCUGUUCAGAUUUUGGCUUCCGAACAUUGGGUUUUCUUCCUCUGCCGAAGAGCCACGCGCUGAUUCCAAAGGUGAGGCCCGCAUGGCGGCUGCCCUCCAGACACAGCCUGGGGCACGGCCUGAGGCAGAGCUCCCUAAGAAGCCCCAGAGGGCGGGCUGGUUUCGAUUUCCCACAUUAGGGCUCUCCUCCUCUCCCACCAAGAAAAGCGAAAGCUCUGAAGACGAGGCAGCUCUGGCAGAGCAAAACCCCCAAGAACAAGCGGUCACGUUCUUUGAUGCCCCAGAAAGCUUCUCCCCAGAGGGCGAGGGGGCCGGGGGGCCGGCGGAGACUGCGGGCGCCAGAGCGAUGGCCACGUCCACGGCAAGGACAGGGCUGGUCCUGCAGGAGCAGGACCCAGAGGGCGCGAUGCGCCUGCACCCGGGCCCACCACCAAGUGAGGACAGACGGACAGACGAAAGGAGGCCCUGCGAAGCUCCCACCGUGAGGACGCGUGUGUCCACCUUGAUUCAUAGCACCGAGAGCGAAGCAGAGGUGCCUGAGAGCGGCGGGGCCCCACCCUCACACAGCCCUCCAGAAGUGGGACCCCAAACGUGCCGGCCUCCCAGAGCCUCGGCAGCAGAGGCGGCACCCGGACUCCCCACGAGACCCCGGCCCCACGCAGGGUCCUGUGCUCCUGAGGGUCUUUGUUAGAUACAUGUUACUCGAGAUCCCUGCCCACGAGGCCCUCGAGAACACAACUGCUGCUUGGAGAAGGGGCUGUGACGGCCGUGGGUGCAGAAGUCGUUUGGGGUUCAACUCCUGUCCUGCUGCUGCCUCCUGGUGAAGGUCGUUUCGCUCUUUUGGGCAGAGUCCGGCGUAUUCCAGGAGACCCCACUCCCCGCUCGCUUGCAACCAGCUCACUCCGCUGUUGGAUGCCUCGCCGCCAGCGCGGCAAGCUCUGGGAUGCGUUGUGUGACGAUGCACGCGCCCUGGGCUGGGGGCGGGCGAGCCAGCAGAGGUCGUUCAAACGGCCGUGGGUUCCCACGGGACGGUCUGUGGGCGUCCGCUUGCCCGCGGCACCGCCCCCCCCCCACCGCGUGCCCAGCCCCUCAGUGUACCCGCUGCGGCCAGGCUGCAGGCGGGACCUGUCUGGCUGCUCCCGGGACCCUGGACGGGCAAUAAAUCCAGUGCUGCUUCCCCA